CAACGACAGUACUCGAGCGCCCUGGAUCGAUGGCGGGUGGUUUCCUGAGUCUGUGCGUGCUGGCAGUGUUGUCAGGCUACCUGCAAGCACAGGAGAUCUCGGAGCACGACCUCUACGUCACGCAGUCGUGGCGAUCCGACUCGCGGGCCGUGGUGGUUCGCGCGCAAGAGAAUGUUGUUCUAAUGGAACAGUGGCUUGAAGAUACAAAUAUACCAGUUUCACAGGUAAAAUGUGAGGCUUCUUCGGGAUCUGAACUUUGCAGACUCCUGUCUACCAAUGUUGCCGUGGUGAGGAAAAAUGGGCGUGUCCUGGUGGGUGUGGACAAAGAGAGCAUCAACAACAACACAGUCGCGUCUGUCAUGGAAAACCUAUUUGGUCCAGAGUUCCACCUCAUUGAGGACUACACUGCAAUGAAGGAGUUCCAAGACGGCCAUCCUCAGCACAUGUUGGUGUAUGCCAGAUCCUACAGGGAGGCAGCAUUUGAGAAUUAUCUCUAUUUCCUGAAGGCACUGCUGUCAGUACCGGACAGGCCCACACAUGUAGCCGUCACCAAACAGCCACUGGCCCUCCCUCUCUCACAGAGACCCAAAUUCAGCAAGACAGCCGAACUCUUUAUUUGGUUAGUGUCGGACGGGAAGUGGUGUCAGUAUUCCAACUCGUCUCAUCCUUUCCACAUUGUCGGCGGGAUUGCCGCCUUCUACAACAGAAUCAAAAUACCUUUCAAGCUCCGCUACAUGAGUGACCAGCUCACCAGUGAGUACCAGGACAAGGGUCUGUUCACAGCCUAUGUCAUUCAUUCCCCUGCCAACAAGAAGCUGGCAGAGAGAGUGGUGGGAGAUUUCAUUGGGACUUACUGCAACUUCUUCGUGUUCCUCAUUGUUGAAAAGACCAGUCGGAAGAAUAGGCUAACACAAGCCCUCUAUCUGUCGGCGGGAGAGAACAACAUUAUUGUCAUUGAACCUCCAGUUACCGACAUGCCUCCCAUUCAUCUCAAUCUGCUGGGUAUCGAGGAGCAAGACAUGUUGACAAUGCUGGCUCCAAUACAAGAGGAAUACACACAGCAGUAUAUGGCAAACCCUGAGACUGGGAAGCCAGUCAAACGGAGGAGAAAGGUCGUGUUGACCGAUCCUCGUACCAUCGGAUACCUGGCUGUGGACGCUCAGGAAGACAUGCUGGUCGCCUUCUGUGAUGAAAAGGACCAGCAGGUGUGCGCCCAUUUUGAGAACUCUAUUCAGAAGGUUGCUGACAUCAUCACCACCUCAAUGUACCAGAAACAGGAGAUUGGGUUCUCCCUCGUUCGCUGCUCCUCUCUGGAAGAAGUACAGAGAUACGGAGUGGAUGACUUUCCGCAAAUAUCCUACUACAACGUGAGCGACGGUCGCUGGUCUGAGGUCCAGGAACACAACUUUCAGGAAAUCAUCCAAAGAGCCCUCGGAAAACCGGAGGAGUCAGAAGAGGAAAUGGCAUUGAGGAAAGAGGGAGAAAAAGUGUUUGAAGAAGAGCAGAGGAAGUUCCUCAAAGAAGACAACACACCAGACAAGAAGAAGUUGAGAGAGGCUGACAAGAAAUCUCGAGAGUACAGUGAAGACCCACCACGCCCACCGCAAGAGACCACGCCUCCUCCCGAGCAGCAGCAACAACAACAACAACCUCCUCCUGACCAACCACCUGCCGCUUCCACUCCGUCGAGUAACAAUAUACAGAGCCGGGCCGUCGUUGAGGAAGACGAUCAUUUCGGUCAGCUGUCGUUCAGUCUUGGUACUCCGGAGUACCCCGAGGAGCUGACUCUGUCGGACGAGAGUUUUGGAGUGCACAUAAACAGUUACUCCACUACAAUGGUCACCUUCUACGUCCCCUGGGAGCCCCACUGUGAUGGAGUGAUGCACUACAUGCUGCAAGCCAUGGACGACCUCCCUGAAGGUUCAGACAGUAGUAUGGCAGUUGUGAACUGUGCAGACUAUCCCGACCUGUGCAGUAGCUAUGGCAUCGUUACCUACCCGACAGUCCUUCUAUUUAGAGCCUCCCCUAACGACUGGAUACCGUAUAAGGGGAUGAUGGACUCGAGGCAGAUGCUAAAGGCACUACUGCAUCAACAGGCAGAAGACACUACGGAACACGGAUUGUUGGAACUGACGGCAGAGACACUGCCUCUGCUGAUCCCUCGGGGAGCUCUGUCACGGACUGUGCUGGUGGUGUGGGUGGGAGAGAGGGGAGGGGAGGGAGGGGAGGAGGUGGCGGACGGGAGGAGAGAGCUGUCGUCUCUAGCUGCCUCUGGGGAGUUGGAAAACUACUCUUUUGCCUGGAUGGACUGUAAGGACCACAAGGAGCUGCUAUUGAAAAUUGUUCCAAAAGAUUUCGAAUGCGAGUCACUUCUUCUCAUUGACUUCCAGCAGCGCUCAGUCUACCAGCUACCUCCCACAGAGUGGCUGACUCACGACUCUCUGCCAGUGGCCAUGUCUGACUUUCUCUCUCGCUACACCUCUGGCGCCCUUCCACCCACCAGUCACCUGACAGAUUGGACUUGGCCACCUCUACAACCUCCCAUCUACUUCCCAAGUGCCAGAAGAGGCCAAAAGGAUAUUGGGGGCACAUCUCCACCCUUUCCCCUCUCCCCACUAUCACACCCCAUAUUUCCCCAAGCAAGGACUCAUCCUUUGCCCCUCCUCAGCCGCAUGCUCACACUGAGCUGUAAUGACUGCCGUUUUAGUGUAUUUUUAGCAGUUGAUUUCAACAGAUAGGUUCGAUUUUACUGCAGGUCAUUGGCAAGCAGG